GUCCUAUUGAAGCUAGACACAAUCAUACAUUGAUUGGCUGUAAAUGUUUAACCAAUCUAGUUUGAAUGAAUGUUAAACUAAAUUUAUUUAGAAAAUGUAGUAAUCUAUUUGAUUUGAUUUGGUCAUUUAUUCAAACUAACCAGUUGAAAGAAUCUUUGAUAAAUUCAAACAAAAGUUGAUAUGAAAUGGAUCUAACUAUUCAACAUUUAACAUUCUUUAUUAUUCAAAGUUUAAUUAUUUUAUUUAUUAUUAUUAUCACAUCAUUUGAUUCAUUGGUGUACAAAGAAAAAUUCACAAAUCUUCCAUUUGGUCGAUGUCAUUUAAAACAUUUCAAUAAAUUAGAUUCAAUAAAUUGUCCAAAUAAAUCAUGUAGUCAACAUAUUGAUUGUUGGGUUAGUUAUGGUCCAUCACAAAGAUGUGUUUGUGAUCCAAUCAAAUGUGGAUCAGUAUGCUUACAAGGUAAGAAAAUGUUUAACAAGGAUUAUAUUCAUUUAUGUCACGUAUUUAAGAUUACUGGUUGAUUUGAAGCUUUGUUUUUAGAUUAGUCAAAGCAAUGAAGUGAAUCAAUAGGCAUACAGUAAUGGUUUAUUCCUAUGAAUGAGACAUUUAUACUUACAAAUAGUUUU